ACCACGCCCCCAUCUCUGCCCCCGCUCUGCUCCCCGUCUCUGUCCCUGUCACCUCCCCUGCAGCACAGGAAGCCACAGCGUCGCUGUCAGCUGGCGCGGGUGGCAGAGGGCCGGGAGGCUUUGGGGACAGCGGCGCCGUGGGGACAGGGACAGCGUGGGGACAGGGACAGCGUCGGGACUGGGACCCGCUGGGGACGCAGCCCCUCGGAGGGGGCGGCUGGGCUGGCCCCGGAGCAGGGAUGUGGGGGCUCGGGGUGCUCAUCCCCCUCCUUGGAGCGGGAGCCCUGCGGGUGAUCCAGGAGCCGGACGAGCUGCAGGUGGCCGCGGGUGACACGGCCACCCUCGGGUGCCGGGUGGAGGGGGCCGAGAGCGGGGUGCAGCUGCGCAUGGAGUGGCUGAGGGACGGGGGGCUCGGGGUGCUCUGCGCCACCCGCCUGGCCUCUGUCACCCCCCCGGCCGUGUCCCCGUGUCCCCGCCGUGCCCCCGGGGUCCAGCUGGCCUGGCACCCCCCCCGGGCCACCCUCAGCCUCCCGCAGGUCCGGGGGAACGACAGCGGCCGCUACAUCUGCCAAGUGAUCCUGGAGAUCCCCCGGCACGGCACCGCCACCGGCAACGGCACCGAGCUGCGCGUCACCCCCGGUAUGGGCCCGGUACCUCCCGGUUCUGCCCCGGUAUUGCCCGCAGCCCUCGGAGGACAUCAGGCAGCGCUGCUCUGGGGGCUCGUGGGGAGCCUGGGGGGCACCGCCCUUCUCCUGGGGAUGGCCCUGCUCGGCUACCGCUGCUGUCGCCGGAGCGCAGACGAGGCCAUUUACCUGAACGUGGUGUCCAGCUCGACGCGGGACCCCAAAAAGCCGCCACCCCCCGAGCCGCAGCACAACCUGUACCAGCAGGAGCGGGCGCGGGGCCCCGCCGUGCCCCCCCGGCCCUGAGGGUGCCCCGCUGUGUCUCACACCUCCCCCAGCUCUGCCUUCCUCAGGAAACCCCCCCAAAAAGUGUUU